AUGUGACAAACUAGUUCAAAAUAAGGUUAGUUUUUAUCGAUGAUUGAAAUACGAAUGAAAAUAAAGCGAAUAUCAAUAAAUAAAGACUAUUAAAUAGAGGAUUAAAUAGAUUCGAGUUUUGUGUGUAUAUUUUUGAAAAUGGCUGAAGAAGAACCAAUCGACAAUGCAUGGGAGAUGCAAAUUCCAGAAUUCAAACCUGAAGAUAAUCCACAUGGACUCUUGGAAGAAAGUUCGUUCGCGACACUUUUUCCCAAAUAUAAGGAACAAUACUUGAAAGAGGUUUGGCCUCUUGUACAAAAAACUUUAGGAGAACAUUUCAUCAAAGCUAAAUUAGAUCUUAUAGAAGGAAGUAUGACUGUCACAACUACAAGAAAGACCUGGGAUCCAGCUAUCAUCUUGAAAGCAAGAGACAUGAUCAAACUGUUAUCAAGAAGUGUGCCGUACGAGCAGGCGAUACGUGUAUUACAAGAUAACCUAGGAUGUGAUAUCAUUAAAAUUGGAAACCUAGUAAGAAAUAAACAAAAGUUUGUUAAGAGGCGUCAACGACUAAUUGGACCUGAUGGAUGUACGUUGAAAUCUAUUGAGCUUCUUACAAAUUGCUAUGUUCUUGUUCAAGGAAAUACAGUAUCUGUAUUAGGUCCAUAUAAAGGUUUACAACAAGCUAGGAAGAUCGUUGUGGAUACAAUGAAAAACAUUCAUCCAAUAUAUAACAUUAAAGCCUUAAUGAUAAAAAGGGAAUUGGCGAAAGAUCCAAAAUUGAAGAAUGAAAAUUGGGAAAGGUUCUUACCGAAAUUUGUUAACAAAAAUAUCAGUAAACGUAAGAAGCCCAAAAAUAAGAAAGAGAAGAAACCUUAUAAUCCCUUCCCUCCACCGCAACCUGAUACUGAAAUGGAUAAACAAAUCAAAUCUGGAGAUUACUUCUUGGAUGAAAAAUCUAAGAAGGCUAAGAUACAGAAAGAAAGAGAGGAAAAACAAAUGGUAGCAGCUAAAGAAAGGGAAGAAAGAAGAAAUAAGGACUUCAUUCCUCCGGAAGAGAAAGAUACGGUUAAAACUAAAGUUAGCACAAAACCAGAUAUAAAUAUCGCAGAAUUGAAAUCUAAAAUUGCUAAGGCUCGUAAGGGUGUCAAGAGGUUGCAGUCGUAACUCUAAACGUAAUUCAAUAAUGUAUUAUGAAAACCUCGGCCUUAUUUUGUAUAUUUUCUAAUAUUAUUAUUUUUGUAGAAUUGAUAUCGAUUAGGGAGUUCUCUAUGAAUUAUUAAUUUUUAUUCGUGAAUAAACAUUAUUAUCAGUAUA